AUGGAGGGAGUUCAGACUGUGGACGUGAGCUGGCUUCACCACUCACAAAAAGACCAUUUAUCUCGCACGAAAUCAGUAUCAGCGAAUGAUAAGCCCGGCACCGAUGGGGAAUCAGCGACCUCACAAUCCAGAUCGCAGCGAAGAUCCCGUUCCAACAGCAACCCGGCACGCCCAACGCCACCCCCCUCCACCCCAAAGCCGAAACCAGCUCCUCAAAAGGAAACUACGCCAGUACAAGCUAAACCGCCACCGGCUGAGAAACAUGAGGAGCAAAAAUCAUCUGCAUCCUCACCAGGAUCACGGAAGACCGAUCCGAAGCCCAUCGGGCGACGAAAUUCAUGGAUCUCAAGUCUGAGCUCUAAGUUCUCGUCUGGAACCACUCCACCGUCCCAAUCCAGUCUCAAGGCUAGUCCUGCAAGUCCCAAAACGACAUCUUCCUUUGAUACACAUAGUCCAUUUAGCGCUGCCUAUUCGAUGAAGGACAAAGAAGAGGAGAAGAGGGAUGAUUCCAGCCAUCACAGUUCGACAUCCCCGAAAGGGCCGUCGUUCAUCCAUAAUGCACUGCGCAAGUUCUCAUCUAACUCCGGUGGAUUGCCCAAAUUGCAUCAAAAUGGCUCGAUUUGUCCUCGCCGCGUGAUGAAUAUCGACCAAAAUCGCCACCGCUGCAAGAUUGCGGACUUGAACCAGGCCAAACUCAACCGUGUGGCAUUCUGUGUGGAUGUUGAAAUUGCGGGGAUCUCCCACCGAGACGAUGAUGAGCACGCUCCUCCUACAAAUCAGUUACGGCAACCUCUACCUGAGCCUGACAGCCAAAAGUCCAAGAAGGCAGAUCUCAAAUCGAAGGAACAAGACGAAGCUGGAGCUCUGAAGCACUCCCAGGCUACACUAGCGGAGAAGGAUAGCUCACCUGCAGCGCCAGCUACAGCUACGGCUUCGGCUCCCACUCCAGCUAUAGCCUCGGUUCCUACUCCAGUUCCGGCUCCAGCUCAGACUACUAGUGAUGCAACGGUUCAAGGAAGCUCUCCAACAAACGCCACCAGCAACAAAACACCUAACGAGCCCAAUCCUAAUCCCAAUCCUACUGCAGAGGCGCCUGAUCCAACAAGGAAACAGGAGAAGAAGAAACGGUCCGAGGCAGAGCGAAAAGAAAGGAAGGAGAGAAAGCGAAGACAAGCAGUGGCGAAUGGUUCAGUACCAAUGCAACUUGAUCCAGAGAACGACGAAGAGUAUACUCGAGGCACGGCACCCCCACCAGGUGCCUCUCGGCCAAAGACACAGAGUCACCCGACAACCGAUCCAGUGCGCAUCUAUCGUCGUUGUUGCCAACUACGUGAGACGCCAGUUCUCAAAAGAGUGGUUGAUGAGAUCUCAAAGCCCUCGUCAACACUGGCCGAGUCACCUGGCACGGUAGCAGCUUUAGAUCUCAGCAAUUUCCCGAUGACUUCACAGGAUUUGACAACAUUCAGCGACUGGCUCGCGGUUGUUCCAGUCCGUAAACUCAUCCUUGAAAACUCUGCGUUAACGGAUACUUCUGUGCGGGCCAUCCUAGCGGCCUUGCUUUCCACCAAAACUGUAGAGCAGAUGCGCUACCGCCGAAAAAGAUCUCGACGACUAGAGUCACCCAAUUGCAAAGACCAUGAAAGAUAUGGAGUUGUGGAAAAACUUUCUCUGAAGGACAAUCCUAAGAUUGGACGAGAAGGAUGGCGCCACAUCAGUCUUUUUAUCCACCUGUCAAAAUCACUGAAAGCCAUUGAUUUGUCGGGCAUUCCGUUCCCUCAGGGACAGGUCGUGAUCGAUGGCUCUGGGACACCGGGCCAGAGUCAGUCGACCACGGCUGAUGUGAGUGCUGUCUUCGCCAGUGCCCUGGCGGAGCGCUUUGGCGGUGAUCACCUUGAAGAAUUACUCAUGAGCGAGUGUGAUCCUUCGGUUGACGAUGUUAAAAAGAUCUGCCGGGCGACGACCAAAAUGGGCCUGCGAAGACUUGGCUUUGCGAGCAACAAUUUGACGAGGGAGGGUCUGCAGCAUGUGAUCGAGUACCUCAAAGCUGGUCAAUGUGAAGGCCUGGACCUGGGCGGCAACGCUAUUAAGGAUGAUCUUGAUCUCCUCACUGCUGCAAUCGAACCCGAAACACCACUCUAUGCACUGAGUCUGGCAGAUUGUUCCUUAAAUCCGUCAGUGAUCUGCCCAUUGCUCCAAUCACUUGCCCAAAUUCACAACCUUCGGUUCAUCGAUUUUUCCCACAAUCGAGAAUUGUUCUCAACGCAGCCUAACGCACUUGGUGCUUUCCGUCGUUUCCUACCGAAAAUGCCAUCUUUGAAGCGAUUCCACCUUGCCGAUGUCGACUUGUCACCGGACCACGUCAUUGGUCUUGCUGAGGUGUUGCCGGAAUGCCCGAGCUUGUGUCAUCUGAACAUUCUGGAGAAUCAACAGCUUGAGGAUCUUGCAGCUACUAGUGACCCGGUUGCCCAGGAAGAAGCAUGUGCCGUGUAUGCGUCUAUGAUGGCAGCUGUCCGUGUUUCACGGACAAUCAUGGCGGUCGACAUUGAUGUUCCCAGUGCAGACAAUAACGAGGUUGUCAAAGCUCUAGCAUCACAGAUUGUGGCUUACUCGCUGCGCAAUCUUCAAGGCGGUGCCAUCGCUGAAGAACUUUCUGAAUCUGCUGGUCCCCUCGAGGAUGUCCCUGUGCCAGAAAUUCUGCAACAUAUUGUUGGAAACACUCUUGGGUUGGAGGAACCUUACGACGAUGAAGAUGAUGCUGCUCCAGACGAGGAUUAUGUGAUCGGUGGUACAGGUGUCGUCAAAGCUUUGAGUGUGUGUCUCAAGAACCUAGACCACCAAGGUCUUGAUGCUCUUGGAGAACAGUCCGCGCCGCCGAGUGGUACUACAACACCCCGACGCCGCAAAUCUCGGGGUGUCACUACCAAACGGCCCCGCGACAUGUCGAAGAAUUUGCUGGAAUCCGCGCGCAAUAUCAGAGUUCGGAUCCAGUCGGCUCUUAUUCGCGAGGAUCGUGCUGGCAAUGACGCGAAUUAUCGCCGCUUGCAGUUCUUGGACCUUACCCUGCACAAGAUGAUCCAACGCUUUGAGGACGAGUACCCGGAGACUCGUAUUACUCCCCCACUUCCCCCUGCUGCCCCGGUCCCUGAUUCCAUCUCGCAACACUCCGCUGACGAUGAUGGCACUGGCUCUAUCAAUGCUGGCGGUAACCCGAACAACAGCCACCUUGAUGAGACUGGCGGCGACGAGGACGACGCAGAUCAAUUUGCGGUACGCCUAUCCCGUACUAGCUCCAUGACUUCUCUUCACGCGCGGGCCAUGACCUCUCAAGAAGGACACGUCCACCGUAUCGGCCAGAACCUCCGCCGUGACUUCCUCAAUCCAUCCCUACUUCCUAAUGACGACGACGAGGACUUCGACUUCGAUCACGAUACCUCUUCGCACAUUGCCGCUCUCCGGCAAAAGCUCGAUCGUUUGCACGAAGAACAAUCUCUCUCUCAGUUCGAUGACUUUGACGCCGACAUGGCAUUUGACCAUCUCGGAACCACCGUCGAGGAACUGUAUGCCGUUCAGCAACAAGACGCUGAAGGAUUCGAGCGUUUCAAGCAGUCCCAGAUUGCUGCUCAGAUCAACAGUGGCAUUCGUCCCAGAGAUAAUGCGGAGCUUGGCAAUGACCGCAAAUAA